AUGAAAUUGCUGCAAUUGUCCUUGGUUAUAUUGAUUUCAUUAGCAUUAGCACCAACAUCAACGCUAAUUUACGCGAGACCCGGAUGUACAGAUAUGUGCGGGAAAAUCCGGAUUCCGUACCCAUUCGGAAUCGGGACAGGGUGUUAUAUCAACGAAUGGUAUGCUGUUGAUUGCAACUCAUCGACACCUUACCUUUCUGCGAUAAACAACCUAGAACUAUUGUCUCUGAAUUUGGAAAAUCAAACGAUGGCAGUUAAUUUCUCAAUGAAUUCUGAUUGUGUAGACACAAUCCGGAAUAACAGUCAAAUCUUGAGCGUCGACUUGGGUGAGAGCCCUUUCCUCUUUUCUCGAGAAGAUAACAAAUUCACGGUUGAGGGGUGUGGAAAUGCAGUUAUCUUGGAUCAAGGGGGAAACUUGGUCACAGGGUGUUCAACGAUAUGCCAAAACCAAACUACCAACCAGAGAGACGAUUGUUAUGGGAUCAAUUGUUGCCAAACCACGAUUCCUUACUAUCUUAAAACAUACAGCAUUGACACUACAGGCUUGCAAAGGCAGAGUCCAGGUGGAGUUUGUGGGUCUGCCUUCCUGGUGGAUGAACAAAUGUACUUGCCUGGCAGGUUUUCUGGGCAAUCUGCCAUUGUUGAGAACACAUUUGUUCCAAUUUCACUUCGGUGGACUCUAAGACUAGAAGAAAUUGGUGAAAGAGAUUGUUCUUCUAUGGCAAGAGAGACUCUUUAUCUGGGUAAUGGUACCAACAAUGAAUCUUACAAAUGUACUUGUAGGCCAAUUGAAGAAGGAAGCCCGUAUUUAACUAAUGGAUGCCAAGGUGUUAGCAUAAGCGUCGGGGUACUACUUCUCGUGGCAAUCAUCUUCGCACUUUACAAACUACUCAAAAAAACAAAAGACAAAAGACAAAAAGCACGGUUUUUCAAACGUAAUGGCGGCCUACUUCUAAAACAACAAGAAUCCGCCGAUGAAGGCAUAGUCAACAAAACCACACUUUUCACCGCGAAAGAGUUAGAAAAAGCAACCGACCACUUCAGUGAGAAUCGAAUCCUCGGUCGAGGAGGCCAAGGCACUGUCUACAAAGGCAUGUUAACUGAUGGAAGGAUUGUAGCUGUAAAAAGAUCAAAAAUAGUAGAUGAAAGCCAAUUAGAACAGUUCAUCAACGAGGUGGUUAUCUUAUCACAAGUCAACCAUCGGAACGUGGUCAAACUUUUCGGAUGUUGUUUAGAAACCGAAGUCCCUCUUCUUGUAUCCGAAUUUGUAUCAAAUGGGACUUUAUACGAACAUAUUCACAAUGAAACUGAGGAGUUCCCAAUGACAUUAAACACAAGGUUACGAAUUGCAACCGAGAUCGCCGGAGCUCUCGCUUAUUUACAUUCUGUUACUUCAAUUCCGAUAUACCAUCGAGACAUUAAAUCGACUAAUAUACUUAUGGAUGACAAAUUUCGAGCAAAAGUUUCCGAUUUUGGGACUUCGAGAUUCGUAUCAAUUGAUCAAACACAUUUGACGACGUUAGUGAAGGGGACUUUCGGGUAUUUGGAUCCGGAAUAUUUUCAAUCGAGUCAAUUUACAGAAAAGAGCGAUGUUUAUAGUUUUGGUGUUGUAUUGGUUGAGCUUUUGACGGGUGAAAGGCCAAUUUCAAUGACGCGAAUCGGUGAGCAUAGAAGUUUGGCUACUCAUUUUAUGUUGGCUAUGGAAGAAGGUGAGGGGAUGGCGGUUUUUUAUCAGAGGAUCGUGGAGGAGGGUGGUCAGCUUGAGGUUAUGGCGGUGGCUGAGUUGGCGGUGAGAUGCUUGAAUUUGAACGGGAAGAAUAGGCCCACGAUGAAAGAAGUGGCGUUAGAGUUGGAAAGAAUUAGGUCAAGUUAUGUACCAUUUGGACAUGGUUAUCGGAAGUCGAUGUAUAAUGGUGGAAUAGAUGAAGAAAUGAUUUUGCUAUCAUAUGAUGAUGAUAUGACAUCAACAAGUAUGACUUGA